AAGACUUAUAACUGCAAAAAUUAAUUGAAUAGGAAUGGAGAUCUGGCGCACGGUUAGGCAAGAUCUAUGAGUGUAUAUCAGAACUUGUUUGGCGACCCGGAUGUGCGGGUUCGGGCACAAACUAUAGCUAUAUAAGAUUCGUUCCACCCGUCGCCAAAUUUGAAACUGGAAAGAAGUGGGAAAGAUUGAAGUCUCUGCUCACAGCAUGAAGCAUUGCAGCAAAUUUGGCAAGGAAGGACGGAGAGUUCUCUGAUUCUUUCUUGCUUUUCAUAUCAGUUGUCAGAGGAGAGAAGUAAUUUAUCGGAGCAAGUCUUUGGGGACGAAUAACAAAAUUGCGAAGAAGAAAAUGGUGAGCAGUUCCAAGGGAGAGUCGGCGAGCGACGGCGAGAAUUCCUCCGGGGACGCGCCGGAGUCCGGCUCUAAGAGCUUAUUCUCUGAAGGGGAGAAAGUUCUUGCUUAUCACGGACCCCGUAUCUACGAAGCCAAGGUUCAAAAAGCAGAGUUCCGGAAGAACGAAUGGAGAUAUUUUGUCCAUUACCUUGGUUGGAAUAAAAAUUGGGAUGAAUGGGUAGGCAUGGAUCGCUUGAUGAAACAUACUGAAGAGAAUAUUCAGAAGCAACAGGCCCUUGAUAAGAAAGCUGGUGUCGACAAGAAUACUAAAUCAGGGCGUUCAGCACAAACAAAACCAAAAGGUUCAGCUGAUGCUAAAGUUGAUAAAGAGGAGGCAAAGAAUAUAGUUGCCAAGGGGAAGAAGAGAAAGGCUGAUUCAGGCAUUGAGGACAAUCCAGCAACAGAGAAGCUCAUCAAGAUCCAAAUUCCACCAAAUCUAAAGAAGCAAUUAGUUGAUGAUUGGGAGUUUAUCACUCAGCAGAACAAGCUUGUCAAACUCCCAAGAUCUCCAAGUGUUGAUGAAAUAUUGACAAAAUAUCUUGAAUACAGGUCCAAGAAGGAUGGCAUGAUGACUGAUGCAGUUGGAGAAAUUUUGAAUGGGUUACGAUCUUAUUUUGACAAAGCAUUGCCCACCAUUCUUUUGUACAAAAAGGAGCGGCAACAGUAUCGAGAGGCAAUUUCAGAUAAUGUCUCUCCAUCGAGUGUAUAUGGAGCUGAACACUUGUUGCGACUCUUUGUGAAGUUGCCAGAAUUAUUGGGAUAUGUGAAAAUUGAAGAGGAGACUUUGAUUCGGUUGCAGCAGAAAUUGCUCGAAUUUCUCAAGUUUCUGCAGAAUAACCAGAGCACUUUCUUCCUUGCUUCUUAUGAUGGCCCUGAAGGAGGUGGCAAAGGGAAGGAUAAUUGACUCAAAAACCGACUGACGUGCCAGUUAUAAUUCUAGCUUUUGAUAUUAGGUCUAGCAGAAUGGUUGGUAUAGUCACUGAUAAACACCAAUUUGUUGUUGUAACUACAGAUCCUUCUUUCCGUCUGUCUUCAUUUGACAAGUUGCACUUGUUCUAGGUGGCAGAAGAACGCUUUCCAUUUUUAAACUAAAAGCAUAAACUGUGUGCAUAAUAUGUUGAAGAGCAUCAAUUGAGAUGACUUCUUUGCAUUUUCAGAUACUACCUAUAAUGUAUAAAGUGUUUGCAACUUGUGCUGCACCUUUGUAGUCA